AUGAUUCACAACAAACCGCUGUUUGUGCUCACAGAUCCCACCACCGGAAUUAAAUUCGGGUCAGGCUCUACCAAGGGCGUCUUGCUCUGCCCCAGUGGCCCGGAUAGCUUUUACAUCUAUUCCCUCGACAGAGGCGGACCGGUCCGGGUGGGUUUUCCGGAUGAAACCGUAACAGAAUCUUUGUGUUUCUGUCAGAACGUGAAAAAGACGGACUGGUUCCGGGAGUGGCCGGACUCGUACGUGAAACACAUCUACAGCUCGGAGGACAGGAACGCACAGCGCCACUUGAGCAGCUGGGCCAUGCGCAACACCAACAACCACAAUUCCCGCAUCCUCAAGAAGUCGUGCCUGGGGGUGGUGGUGUGUAGCCGGGACUGCUCCACCGAGGAGGGCCGCAAGAUCUACCUGAGGCCUGCCAUCUGUGACAAAGCCCGGCAGAAACAACAGAGGAAAAGCUGUCCCAACUGCAAUGGCCCUCUGAAGCUGAUUCCCUGCCGAGGCCACGGGGGCUUUCCGGUCACCAACUUCUGGAGGCACGACGGCCGCUUCAUAUUCUUCCAGUCGAAAGGAGAGCAUGACCAUCCCAAGCCGGAAACCAAGCUGGAAGCGGAGGCGAGGAGGGCAAUGAAGAAAGUGCACAUGGCAUCCGCCUCUGGCUCCCUGCGGAUGAAGGGGAGCCCAGAAACGAAGGUUCUUCCAGGUGAAAUACCGAGUCAGGGAAGUUUACCUUUAACUUGGUCAUUCCAGGAAGGCGUCCAACUGCCCAGCAGUUACAGCACACCUUUAAUAGCUAACGCCCCCCAGCAGAACUCCCUGAAUGAUUGCCUAUCCUUCCCCAAGAGUUACGAUUUGGGGGGAACCACUGAGCUGGAAGAUCCAACUUCCACCUUGGACUCCACUCAGCUCUAUGAGAAAUUCAAAUUCUCCAGCGGAAGGCUCUACAGCGCUGAAGACCAGUUUCAGCCUCCUGUCCCUGGGGUCUACACAGAUUAUGACGACUUACAAGCCUGGAGUAAAAAUGCUGCUGCCUUAGGGAGAAAUCCUAACGAUGAGCCCUGCUACCCCAGCUAUCCUCUGCCCCCCGUGACCGGCUGGCCCUGCGACUUCUUUCCCUCGCAGAGCUCUUUGGAGCCCUUGGCCCAACAGAUUCCACUGGAGGCCCCUGCAGCCCCGAAUGGCUGUCAUCCGCUGUGGUCCAGUCCAGGAGGUGAGCCUUAUGAAGAGAAAGUGCCUAUGGAUUUCAACAGCUACGUGCCUUCCCUCACGUACCACUCACCUCAGCAGGACCCCUUUCUGCUCUCCUACGGCUCUCAUCCUCAGCAGCAAUACUCUCUGCCCAGCAGGAGCAGCAAGUGGGAUUUUGACGAAGAGAUGGCCUGCCUGGGUUUGGAUCACUUCAACAAUGAAAUGUUUCUAAACCUCUGUCCUUUAAGAUGACUCAACAUCCCCUCCCCCGACACCACCACCAAAUCGUGAUUGGUUAAGGGGUUGGAAGGCUAUCCCUAGAAAAUGGGUUUCAAAACAUAGCCUCGGAGAAGUGUUGGAAUCAUGACAAGCAGGAGACAAGACUUUGUUUUUUAAUCUAGCUAGUUUUUUCACCUCGCCAGUGCUACUGUGUUUACCUGUAGGAAGGAAUAAAAACUUACUUGUGCCAGGUACAGGGGCACACACCUUUAAUCCCAGCACUCGGGAGGCAGAGGCAGUUGGAUCUCUGUGAGUUCAAGGCCAGCCUAAUCUACAUAGUGAGUUCCAGGACAGCCAAGGCUAUGUAGCCUGUCUCAGAACCCACCUACCCACCCCCAAAAAAAGAAAGAAAAAGGAAAAAGGAAAACUAAAAAGAAACUCUUGCGUUGUGGAGCAAACUGCUCCCUGAUGCCCUGUUCAAGCUUUGGAAAUUCAGCAUCCACCUCGGCAGGGCUGUCUGGAGCAGUUUUACUAUGGAGAACACAUGUCAACUUAACAUUUCAUCUAUGCCUUUUCGGAAGCUAAAAACAAAGGAACAGAAAGAAGACAGAAGAGCUAUGGAGGUGUAGAGUUGAACAGUUUACCCAAGAAAUAUUUAAUACUUUGCUUAGUUUUAUUAUUUUUUAAAAAAAUACGUUUUCUAGAUUUGUGACUUGUCAAAGCAAGAGGCGUGACCUCGUCCUAUUUAUAAAGAACAGAAAACAAAUGAACACGGGAAGAGAACGGAAUCCACCUCUCCUUCCCUUUCUCCUUCUCAGUGACUUCUCCUCCCACAAGAGCUGAGUCUCUGUCCUGUCCUACUCAUUUUUGUCCUUCAUGGUAUCUCAAUGUCACGUUCAUAUAUGAGAAAUUCUUGCUUAAAAGUCUUCGUGAAGGGUUGUGGGUGUGGCCCCACAGAGGAGAGCUUGCUUAGCAUGUUAAAGGCUCUGGGUUCAAUUCCCAGCAACAAAUUCCAACAGCAAAGCUUUCUUGGGCAUGGAGGGCACACCUGUAAUCCUGAAAUUUAGGAGGCUGAGGCAGAAGGAUCAUGAGUUUGAGGUCAGCCCAGGCUACAUAGUGAGAACCUAUCUCAAACAAAUUUAGAACAUUCUUCCUGGAGGCCAAGAGGCAAGGUUCCAUAGUUCAGCACUUGGUACUGAAUGGGGCUUUAGCCUUGGUACCCCAAACCCAAAUAGCUAAACAAAGGAGUCUCUGUUCCUUAGUCAACUGGUCAGUUCCCAGUCUCUGCUGAAGUACUUUCUAGAAAAGACAGUACAAAAUCUGGAAUGAACUUUGCCAUAAGCAAGUGUUUCCAAAAUAAUCUUUACCGUUUGAUUUGUAACU